UAAGUAUAUAACGUCCGGAUGUUCCAUUGUUGCAACAUAUUAUAAUUUCGACAUUUACGGUAGCAAUUGACACGACUCGCGAUAUAUUUUAAGCUUUAUAUUAAAGAUACCCUACGACAUCAUGGCUCCCCGCAGAUAUGAAGCAGAGAAGAAGGACCCGGCGCCUUUGGCAAAGCCGCUGCACUUCGAGUUUUCCAAUGUCACCGCACAAAAUCGAUUCCUCAAGGGCGCUAUGACCGAGCGUCUCUCAUCAUGGGACCCGAAGAACCUAGAAGCCCGCGGUGUACCGUCCAAGAACCUCAUCAACGUAUACCGAAGAUGGGGAGAGGGCGAGUUUGGCGUUAUCCUCACCGGAAACAUCAUGAUUGAGUACGACCACCUGGAGGCGGCAGGAAACCCGAUCAUCCCUCGCGGCGCACCUUACGAGGGUGAGCGGUUUGAGGGUUUCAAGGAGCUUGCUGCCGAGUCGAAGAAGCAUGGCUCGCUGAUCAUAGGACAAGUCUCUCACCCCGGCCGUCAAGUGGCGGACAACAUCCAGAAGAGCCCCAUCUCUGCUUCCGACGUCCAGCUCGAGGGCAACGUGAUGGGCAUGACGUUCGCAAAGCCGCGGGCAGCGACUGAUGAGGACAUCAAGAACGUGAUUGAGGGCUUCGCGCACGCUGCGGAGUAUUUGGAAAAGGCCGGAUAUGAUGGUAUCCAACUGCACGGCGCUCACGGCUACCUCCUCGCCCAGUUCCUGUCGCCUACCACCAAUCGUCGCACUGACAAGUACGGUGGAUCGCUAGAGAAUCGCGCGCGGAUUAUCAAUGAGAUUGGGCAGGAAGUGCGCAAACGGACGUCGUCCAAGUUCGUGCUCGGCAUCAAGCUUAACUCUGUUGAGUUCCAAGAUAAGGGUUUCGACACGGAAGAGGCGGGCACCCUGUGCAAGCUCCUCGAAGACAAUCAGUUCGACUUCGUUGAGCUUUCAGGUGGCACUUACGAGUCUCUUGCAUUCGUGCACAAGAGGGAGUCGACGAAGAAGCGGGAAUCUUUCUUCCUCGAGUUCGCUGAGAAAAUAACACCCUCAUUGACGAAGACAAAGACCUACGUCACAGGUGGGUUCAAGAGCGCAGCUGCUAUGAUCGACGCCUUGAACACUGUGGAUGGUGUUGGCCUUGCACGCCCAGUCUGCCUUGAGCCCGAGCUGCCGAAGGACAUCAUCAGCGGCAAGGUCCACGCAGCCAUCAACCAGCUCACAGACGACAACGACUUCGGCGCGACGAACGUUGCUGCCGGAACCCAAAUUCGCCAGCUCGGAAAGGAUCAGCAACCGAUCGAUCUGAGCGACGAGAAGAACCUGGAGGCGUUCCAGAAAGAUGUGGGUACCUGGCUGCAGGGUUUUGCGGAAGACAAGGACAACAGGAAGUACGGUUACGUGGACAUCAACAGCGUAGAAGCGGUCCCUUAUGGUAGCGCUGCGCCCGCUUCUUAGGGCGUGAAAUUAAGCUACUGUAAUUAUGUGGGUAUCGAUAAUAUACAAGACAAUAGAUUAGAAUGCGGAAUAAACACUGCCACUACACCUGGUCCGUCACGAUUUCGAAUCGAUUUUUAUGCAGCGGCGUCUCGUCACCAAAAGUGCUCCGCGGGAGCUCACCCGAGCUCUUGGAGCUACGCUUGGAGCUGGAGUCCUUGACAGGAACCUCUUCGCUAAUGACGUGGAAGUCGGUCCGGAAAUGUAUGCCGCCAAAGUCCUCAUCCGAGCCGGCCUUCUGGUGGCCGGAUGUAACGCCCGUCGCCGACGCCAAGUGGAACGAUCGCUGCGGGUUCGUGGAAAAUCGCGGAUUCACAUUGGACUGCGACUUGUCUGGCGCAGAAGAGGACUGGCCGAAGUCGUGGAGGACCAUGUCGUUCUCGGAUUGGCCUCUCGCGAGGCGCACGACGAGGGAAGCCAUAGUCAUCUCAAUGUUGAGUUUGACCAUGUAGGUCACAGG